GUUGUAGAAAGUUCACGGAAUCUUUAAACAGUUUUAGCUGUUACUGGUGAAUAAAAAAAAACUGCAACGUAUAAACACGUCAAACUGUAUUAAUCUAAAGUAGUUUAAACUGUGCACAUUGCUACGAAUUGUGAAGGACGCGGGAGUGAUCCGUCAUUUCAUUCAAAGGACGGAGGACUUUCGCGCUUGGGCUUGUAACCCGGUGCCGCCCGCCGGUGCUGCCUUGUGUCGGAAGCGAGCGCACCCCACUCUGCAGUCUGGUCCUCGGGAGGAAGAGGAGGAGGAGGAAGAGGAGGAGGCUCGGAGCUUCUGCAUUGUUUUCAGCACCACUGGCCCGACCGACCUUCACCAGCACAGCCAGCACAGCCGCCGCGCUUCUGUCGGCCUUGAGGUGAGGUUUGCCAAAGCAACAUCUCAGCGCGGCGUCUUUGAGGAAGCGGAAGGAAGGAAGGAAGGAAGGAGGCGAACACGGAAGGAAGGAAGGAAGCAUUGUGCGGCAUAGUGGCGUUGGCGCGGCGUUGCAGUGGAGAUGAUGUCGGUAGCGGGCGAGUUGGAGCAUAUGGAAAUCCAGCAGACGUACAACGAGGGCGUCAACAACCGCUGGGACGCCGACGAUUGGGACAACGAGAACAGCUCAGCCAGACUCUUUGAGCGCUCGCGCAUCAAAGCGCUCGCAGACGAGCGCGAGGCGGUGCAGAAGAAGACGUUCACCAAAUGGGUCAACUCGCACCUGUCCAGAGUUUCCUGCCGCAUCACCGACCUCUACGUCGACCUCCGCGACGGACGCAUGCUCAUCAAGCUGCUGGAGGUCCUCAGUGGGGAGAGGCUGCCCAAGCCCACCAAAGGCCGCAUGCGGAUCCACUGCCUGGAGAACGUGGACAAGGCCCUGCAGUUCCUCAAGGAGCAGCGCGUCCACCUGGAGAAUAUGGGCUCGCACGACAUCGUGGACGGCAACCACCGCCUCACGCUGGGCCUCAUCUGGACCAUCAUCCUGCGCUUUCAGAUCCAAGACAUCAGCGUGGAGACGGAGGACAACAAAGAGAAGAAGUCGGCUAAAGACGCUUUGCUGCUCUGGUGUCAGAUGAAGACGGCCGGAUAUCCCAACGUCAACAUCCACAACUUCUCCACCAGCUGGAGGGACGGGAUGGCCUUCAACGCCAUCAUCCACAAACACAGACCGGACUUGAUCGACUUUGACAAGCUGAAGAAGUCCAACGCGCACUACAACCUGCAGAACGCCUUCAACCUGGCCGAGCAGCACCUGGGCCUCACCAAGCUGCUCGACCCCGAAGACAUCAGCGUGGACCAUCCCGACGAGAAGUCCAUCAUUACCUACGUGGUCACCUAUUACCACUACUUCUCCAAGAUGAAGGCUCUCAAGGUGGAGGGCAAGCGCAUCGGCAAGGUUCUGGACAACGCCAUCGAGACGGAGAAGAUGGUGGACAAGUACGAGUCGCUGGCGUCCGACCUCCUGGAGUGGAUCGAGCAGACCAUCAUCAUUCUCAACAACAGAAGGUUCGCCAACUCGCUGGUGGGCGUCCAGCAGCAGCUGCAGGCCUUCAACACCUACCGGACGGUGGAGAAGCCCCCGAAAUUCACGGAGAAGGGCAACCUGGAGGUUCUUCUGUUCACCAUCCAGAGCAAGAUGAGGGCCAACAACCAGAAGGUGUACAUGCCUCGGGAGGGAAAACUCAUCUCGGACAUUAACAAGGCGUGGGAGCGUCUGGAGAAGGCGGAGCACGAGCGCGAGUUGGCGCUGAGGACGGAGCUGAUUCGCCAGGAGAAACUGGAGCAACUGGCUCGCCGCUUUGACCGCAAGGCCGCCAUGAGGGAGACGUGGCUGAGCGAAAACCAGCGGCUGGUCUCGCAGGACAACUUCGGCUUCGACCUCCAGGCCGUGGAGGCGGCCACCAAGAAGCACGAGGCCAUCGAGACGGACAUCGCCGCCUACGAGGAGCGCGUUCAGGCCGUGGUGUCGGUGGCCAAGGAGCUGGAGGCGGAGAGCUACCACGACAUCAAGCGCAUCGUGGCCCGGAAGGACAACGUGAUCCGCCUGUGGGAGUACCUGCUGGAGCUUCUGAAGGCGCGCAGGCUGAGGCUGGAGCAGACGCUGGGCAUGCAGAGGAUCUUCCAGGAGAUGCUCUACAUCAUGGACUGGAUGGACGAGAUGAAGAUGCUGCUGCUCUCUCAGGAUUACGGCAAACACCUUUUGGGUGUGGAGGACCUGCUGCAGAAGCACGCCUUGGUGGAGGCCGACAUCGGGAUCCAGGCAGACCGGGUCCGCAACGUCAACGCCAACGCGCAGAAGUUUGCCAGCGACUCGGACGGCUACAAACCUUGCGACCCUCAGAUCAUCAGGGAACGUGUGGCCCACAUGGAAUUCUGCUACCAGGAACUCAGCCAGCUGGCGGCCGAGCGGCGAGCGCGGCUGGAAGAGUCGCGCCGCCUCUGGAAGUUUUUCUGGGAAAUGGCCGAAGAGGAGGGCUGGAUCCGCGAGAAGGAGCAGAUCCUCUCCUCAGAGGAUUACGGCAAGGAUCUGACGGGCGCCCUGCGGCUGCUGAGUCAGCACAAAGCCUUCGAGGACGAAAUGAGCGGGCGCGCCGCCCACCUGCAGCAGACCGUCAAGCAGGGAGACCAGCUGGUGGCCGACGACCACUUCGGGGCCGACAAGAUCCGAGAACGCGUCCGGGACAUCCAGGAUCAGUGGGCGGCGCUGGAACGGCUCUCCGCCGUACGCAAGUCUCGCCUGCAGGAGGCGUGCAACCAGCACCAGUUCCAAGCCGACGCCGACGACGUGGACACGUGGAUGCUGGACGCGCUUCGCAUCGUGUCCAGCGUGGACGUGGGCCACGACGAGUUCUCCACGCAGGCGCUGGUGAAGAAGCACAAGGACGUGGCCGAGGAGAUCGCCAGCUACCGGCCCGUCAUCGACGCCCUGCACGAGCAGUCGCGCACGCUGCCGCCCGAGAAGGCCGACUCGCCGGAGGUGCAGAGCCGUCUGGCGGGCGUCGAGGAGCGUUACAAGGAGGUGGCGGAGCUGGCGCGCCUCCGCAAGCAGGCGCUGCAGGACGCGCUGGCCUUGUACAAGAUGCUGAGCGAGGCCAACGCCUGCGAGCUGUGGAUCGACGAGAAGGAGCAGUGGCUCAACGGCACGGCCAUCCCCGACAAGCUGGAGGACCUCGAGGUGGUCCAGCACCGGUUUGAGAGUUUGGAGCCCGAGAUGAACAAUCAGGCCUCGCGGGUCGCCGUAGUCAACCAGGUCGCCAGGCAACUGAUCCACAGCGGCCAUCCCGGCGAGAAGGAAAUCAAGUCCCAGCAGGACAAACUCAACACCAGGUGGAGUCAGUUCAGAGACUUGGUGGACCAGAAGAAGGAGAGUCUGAGCUCUGCCUUGGGAGUGCAGAACUACCACCUGGAGUGCAACGAGACCAAGUCCUGGAUCAAGGAGAAGACCAAGGUGAUCGAGUCCACCCAGGAGCUGGGCAACGACCUGGCGGGCGUCACGGCGCUGCAGAGGAAGUUGACGGGCAUGGAGCGAGACCUUGCCGCCAUCGAGGACAAGCUGGGCGACCUGGCGAAGGAGGCGGCGCGCCUGUCCUCCGAACACCCGGAACAGUCCGAGGCCAUCAAAGGACGCCUGGACGAGAUCACCGCCGUGUGGGAGGAGAUGAAGGGCACCAUGAAGAACCGCGAGGAGUCCCUGGGCGAGGCCAGCAAGCUGCAGCAGUUCCUGCGCGAGUUGGACGAUUUCCAGUCGUGGCUGUCGCGCACGCAGACGGCCAUCGCGUCCGAGGACAUGGCCAACACGCUGGCCGAGGCCGAGAAGCUGCUGGGCCAGCACGAGGGCAUCAAGAACGAGAUCCGCAACUACGAGGAGGACUACCAGAAGAUGCGUGACAUGGGCGAGAUGGUGACGCGGGGCCAGACGGACGCCCAGCACAUGUUCCUGCGCCAGCGGCUGCAAGCGCUCGACACGGGCUGGAACGAGCUGCACAAGAUGUGGGAGAACAGGCAGAACCUUCUGUCGCAGUCGCACGCCUACCAGCUCUUCCUCAGAGACACCAAGCAGGCCGAGGCCUUCCUCAACAACCAGGAGUACGUGCUGGCCCACACAGAGAUGCCGACCACCCUGGAGGGCGCAGAGGCGGCCAUCAAGAAGCAAGAGGACUUCAUGACCACCAUGGACGCCAGCGAGGAGAAGAUCAGCGGCGUGGUGGACACCGGACGACGCCUGGUUGCCGACGGCAACAUCAACACUGAUCGCAUCCAGGACAAGGUGGACUCCAUACACCAAAGGCACAAGAAGAACCGAGCGGCGGCCAGCGACCUCCUCAUGAGGCUCAAGGACAACCGAGACCUGCAGAAGUUCCUGCAGGACUGCCAGGAGCUGUCCUUGUGGAUCAACGAGAAGAUGCUGACGGCUCAGGACAUGACGUACGACGAGGCGCGCAACCUCCACAGCAAGUGGCUCAAGCACCAGGCCUUCAUGGCCGAGCUGCAGUCCAACAAGGAAUGGCUGGACAAGAUCCAGAAGGACGGCAAGGCGCUGAUGGCGGAGAAGCCCGAGACGGAGGGCGUGGUGCGAGAGAAGCUGGCGUCCCUGAAGAAGAUGUGGGACGAGCUGGAGUCCACCACGCAGACCAAAGCCAAAUGUCUGUUCGACGCCAACAAGGCUGAGCUGUUCGCCCAGAGCUGCGCCGACCUGGACAAGUGGCUGGCCGAGCUGGACGGGCAGCUGCGGUCCGACGACUACGGCAAGGACCUGACCUCCGUCAACAUCCUGCUCAAGAAGCAACAGAUGCUGGAGAGCCAGGUGGAGGUGCGGCAGAAGGAGGUGGCCGAGCUGCAGAGCCAGUCGCAGGCGCUGAGUCGGGAAGGCGAAGGCGAAGGCUCGGACGAGGCGGACGGCCGGCGCCGCGGCGUGGAGAGCAAGUUGGGCACGCUGCAGGCGCCGCUCAAGAGCCGCAGGGACAACCUGAUGGCCUCCAGGGAGAUCCACCAGUUCAACCGCGACGUCGAGGACGAGAUCCUGUGGGUGGAGGAGAGGAUGCCCGUGGCCACGUCCACGGACCACGGCCACAACCUCCAAACGGUGCAGCUCCUCAUCAAGAAGAACCAGACCCUCCAGAAGGAGAUCCGGGGCCACCAGCCGCGCUACGACGACAUCUUCGAGCGCAGCCGGCACAUCCUGCGGGAGGAGCGGCCGACGGGCGAGCCGAUCCGCCGGCGGCUGGCCGAGCUGCGCGCGCUGUGGGAGCGGAUCCGGGAGGAGACGGAGAAGCGCCACGCCCGCCUGAGCGAGGCCCACGAGGCCCAGCAGUACUACUUCGACGCGGCCGAGGCCGAAGCCUGGAUGAGCGAGCAGGAGCUUUACAUGAUGUCCGAGGAGAAGGCCAAGGACGAGCAGAGUUCCGUGGCCAUGUUGAAGAAGCAUCAGAUCCUGGAGCAGGCGGUGGAGGACUACGCCGACACCGUCCACCGACUGUCCGCCGCCAGCCGAGGCCUGGUGGCCGCCGAGCACCCCGACAGCGAGCGCAUCGGCAUGCGUCAGUCGCAGGUGGACAAGCUCUACGCCGGCCUGAAGGAUCUGUCGGAGGAGCGGCGUGGGAAACUGGACGAGCGCUUCCGCCUCUUCCAGCUCAACCGGGAGGUGGACGACUUGGAGCAGUGGAUCGCCGAGAGGGAAGUGGUGGCCGGAUCGCACGAGCUGGGGCAGGACUACGAGCACGUCACCAUGCUGCAGGAGCGCUUCCGAGAGUUCGCCCGCGACACGGGCAACAUCGGGCAGGAGCGCGUGGACGGCGUGAACCGGCUGGCGGACGAGCUGAUCAACGCGGGCCACGGCGACGCGGCCACGGUGGCCGAGUGGAAGGACGGCCUGAACGAGGCCUGGGCCGACCUGCUGGAGCUGAUCGACACGCGCACGCAGAUCCUGGCCGCCUCCUUCGAGCUGCACAAGUUCUACCACGACGCCAAGGAGAUCCUGGCGCGCAUCCUGGACAAACACAAGAAGCUGCCCGAGGAGCUGGGCCGCGACCAGAACACGGUGGAGACGCUGCAGAGGAUGCACACCGCCUUCGAGCACGACAUCCAAGCGCUCGGCACGCAGGUGCGUCAGCUCCAAGAAGACGCCGUCCGUCUGCAGUCGGCGUACGCCGGAGAUAAAGCGGACGACAUCCAGAAGCGGGAAGGAGAGGUUCUGGAGGCCUGGAAGAACCUGCUGGAGGCGGCGGAGGGCCGGCGGGGGAAGCUGGCCGACACGGGAGACAAGUUCCGCUUCUUCAGCCUGGUCCGAGAUCUCAUGCUGUGGAUGGACGACGUCAUUCGGCUCAUCGAGGCGCAGGAGAAGCCGCGCGACGUGUCGUCGGUGGAGCUGCUGAUGAACAACCAUCAGGGCAUCAAGGCCGAGAUCGACGCGCGCAACGACAGCUUCAGCGCCUGCAUCGAGCUGGGAAAAGCUCUCCUGGCCAGGAAGCACUACGCGGCCCACCAGAUCAAAGAAAAGUUGCUGCAGUUGACGGACAAGCGAAAAGAGAUGAUUGACAAGUGGGAGGACCGGUGGGAGUGGCUCCGACUGGUGCUGGAGGUGCACCAGUUCUCGCGGGACGCGGGCGUGGCCGAGGCCUGGCUCCUGGGCCAGGAGUCGUACUUGUCCAGCCGCGAGAUGGGGCAGAGCGUGGACGACGUGGAGAAACUCAUCAAGAGGCACGAGGCCUUCGAGAAGUCCGCCGCCACCUGGGAGGAGCGAUUUGCCGCCCUCGAAAGGUUGACCACGAUGGAAUUACUGGAAGUGAGAAGAAGGCAAGAGGAGCAAGAGAAGGAGCAGCAGCCGCCGAGCGCCGAGGCGACGGCCGCCGCGCAACUAAGGGACGGCGACGCGCCAAGUCAGAACGGGCUGAGCAGCGAGCUGGACUCGGCCAGGGAGGACGGCGGCGUUGCCGAGGCGGCGAACGGCGCGUCGGAGGCCGGCCUGGCGGGGUCGCCCGGGGGGGCCCGCGAAGCCAAAGGCGGCCAGGCGGCGGCCACGCUGCCCGUCGGGGGCCGGCGCGAGGCGCCCUCGGCCGCCUCGCACAUGGACGGCUUCCUGCACCGCAAGCACGAGUGGGAGGCCCACAACAAGAAGGCGUCCAGCAGGUCGUGGCACCACGUGUUCUGCGUGAUCAACCAUCAGGAGCUGGGAUUCUACAAGGACGCCAAGAGCGCCGCGCAGGGCAUCCCGUACCACGGCGAGAUCCCCGUCGGACUCGAGGACGCCGCCUGCGAGGUGGCGCUCGGAUACAAGAAGAAGAAACACGUCUUCAAGCUCAAAGUCACCGAUGGCAACGAGUAUCUCUUCCAAGCCAAAGAUGAUGAGGAGAUGAACUCGUGGAUCUCCACCAUCUCGGCGGCCAUUCUGGGCGAGAAGGGUGAGGUGACGCCGAGCGGCCACAGCACGCCGGCGCCCGCCACCCGCGCCCACACCAUGCCGGCCUCGGCGGGUCGCUCGGCCGCCGUGCCCACCUCGGCGUCGGCCGAAGUGGCGGCGGCGGCGGCGGCGGCUGAGUCCAGCCCCGGCAAGCGCGACAAAGACAAAGAGAAACGCUUCAGUCUGUUCAGCAAGAAGAAAUAAAUGCUAACAAUUAGCUUCUCUUUUCCCUCCUCCUCUUCUUCCUCUUCCUGUUCCACUUCCUGUUGGUCCCUCUGGUGCCGAUUGGCUCGUCCCCGGUUGCCUAGGGUCCGUUACUGUGUCCUCCGGAUUUGACGCCGCUCGUAGUCGUAAAACUUCAAAUAUGAAGAAGAAAUGAUAACAAUAACCACGUUCGUCUCGUGUAACUUUUCUGGACGCUCCUGCAGAUUCCUCCUCUUCCUCUUCCCGUUUGUCUUCUUCCAAUGCGUCCCUUGGAGCCUAAAGUGUCCACUCUGUGCCUAACAACGAUCCACUGCGGCUCAGAGCUUUAAUCCUGGUUUACUCCUGCUGCAGUCUUACUUCAAAGUAGGAGUUUUCUUUUUUUUCAGGUUUAAUCCUGAUUCGGUCCUCGUGCAGUCCAGUUCUAGUUUAGUUUAGUUUUAACCCAGGUUUAUUCCUGAUUCGGUCCACUUCUGGUGAAAGACAGAGUGAACUGAAAUGAGACUGAAGACUCAUUGUUCAGACCAACUUUAUUCUAGGUUUGAUCCAGCUCUGGUUUUGUCCAAGUUUUAACCUGGUUCAAACCAGGUUGAGUCCAAAUUGAAUACAGAUUUGGUCCUUCUUUUCUACCAGGUUUAGUCCAGGUUUAAUUUAGGUUUGGUCCAGUUCUGGUUUAGUCCAUGUUUGCUUCUGCUUUAGUUCAGAUUUAAUCCUCGUUUGGACCAUACUUAAACUGGGUUUGGUCCAGCUCUGGUUAAAUCCAGGGUCAAACCUGUUUAAACCAGGUUUAGUCCAAACUAAUCCAGAUUUGGUCCUUGUUUUUCCCAUCUUUAAUCCAGGGUUGGUCCUGAUUGAAGCUUGUUAAAGGUUUUUGAGUGGUCCCGUUCUGACGUGGUUUGGUGGUGAUCCUGUUUGGCCGCUGUUGGUCUCGCUUGGCUUUUGAAGCGUAUGUACGUAAAUUGUGUAUAAAAACUAAAUAAUCUGACGUAUUCUCAAUGCUAUUAAUCUGUUUGCUAAACUGAGACCUUGUUUAGUCCAGGUUUGGUCCAGGAUUAAUCCAGGUUUGGUUUAAUCCUUGUUUAGUCCACAUUUAAUCCAGGUUUGUCCUCGUUCUGGUUUAAUCCCGGUUCAAUCCAGGUUUGGUCCUCGUUGAGUCCAGUUCUGGCUCCGUCCAGAUAUAAUCCUUGUUUAGUCCAGGUUUUACUCUGAAUUCCUGAAAAUGUACAAAUUGUGUAUUAAAAAAAAAAACCGAAUCUGCCGUAUUCUCGCCUCUACUAAUCUGCUUGAUGGAUUUACAUAAAAACGAAAGAAUGUGGACCUUCCUGGCGUGUGCUGGCCUUUCAAAACUUCUUCUCGUCGCGUUUAGAAACACUAAAGUUGCUUGGCGCUUUUUGAUGGUGGUUUGCCUUUUCUUUCUGUCCUUUUUUUCUCUCCUCCAAUGAGCCGUUGACCUGAGCAAGUUCCUACUCCGCCGGGCAACAAAGCAGCCAAUGAGAGGCAGCCUGGUUUUGGUUGCGCUUGUUUUCCACACCCGAAUGACAAUGUUUAUUUGUUUGUUUUGUUUUUUUUCCCUUCUUUUCAGCGUGUAGUUGUGGCUGUGCACCGUGGUCACCGUAACCGUAGUAACCGGCACCGAUUCGUCGUUAGUUCAUCGUGCACAAUCAAUAAUGCCACGACGGGGGUUUGUGCGGCAGUGGGUUUAGGGGUCGUGACGGGGUCUUGAGGGGGCCACUGCUACUUGGAUGUGCACCUGUAGACUCCCACUCUCCCUGUUUUCUCCUCCCACUCUUCUCUCUCUCCGUUACAUAAAUGCAAAAAGCCAUUAAAAUGCUUUUAAAACAAAAA